AGACCAGACCAAUGGACCGACUCGUUGCUUGCUAGUAGUUGUGUUGAAGUCCAUACGCUUACAUACUGUUGUUUCCCUAUCCGCGAUCGUUGUAUUCUCUUAGUUGACAUUGGCAUGAGUGGGGCGGAUGCGCUAGCCGCCGCCUCGGCCAUUGCCGCGGAAACCCUCGUAAUCGUUCGUCGCGCGGACUCUACCACCGACGAUCCGUCCGCAACGCUGGGUGCGGAUGCGGAUCAGGAUAGUGACGAAGUAUAUACAGCGGCGGGAAUUCCUACAGAAGGCGGUUUCGUUACGUAUUUGGGACCGUCGCGACAAGAAUGGGAACAAUUCUCGAAAGGAGCCUACGCACAAGAAUACGGCAUCAUUCAAGAGAUUCGCAAGGCCGGAUACAGUAUCCCGAUCGCCUUGGAGGAACAAGAGGAUGACGACGUGGUGACGGCAGAAGACGAAGAGAGGCUUUCUAAAAUACCCAAGAUAGACAAGGUUACGGAUACGUUGACCGGGUUAGAAGACACUGAACAAGCAGAGAACGAAGAUCGCUUUACCAAGCUUCUGAUUCACACCAACCAUGGUAGUGCGGCGGAACCGGUGGCGGAACUGUGCUUUGCGGUCGGCACGGUCUUUUUGCGUUGCCGAUCAAUCGAGGACCGGAAUCCGCUCCGACGGAUUGUCGAUACCGCGUACAGGACGAUUGAGCUGCCGCACGCGCGAGUAACAAUCCCGUUCUCGAACGAGUCACUCGAGCAAGAGUACCAAUUGCAAGCCGUUACGGGAGGAAGUAUAGAAGACCUCGUCACACGAUUGGAACUCUUCCACCACGGCAAGGUUGUUUCUCAAUGCGUCUGUACGUACCGAACCAGUACCAGACGAUCGUCCGGUCCGACCAUUGUUGGAAUGGAAACAGCCAAGGAAUGGCGCGGUCGCGGCCUGGCCAGUGCCUUACUGGAAGCAACGGCAUUGUAUUACACCCGUCUUUUUCGGAGCGUACCGGUGCCCGAAAAAGGAGCGCCGGUACGUAUAUUCGUCGACACCGCGGCGAAUCCGUCGGCAUUCGCCUGGUUCCGACAACGAGGGUUUUUCCGGGGCCAUGGUGAUACGGAAGGGGAACUUAGUGUGCCGUUAGGAAACUACAAAGCGAAUGUCACAGAUUUAUAG